AUGGCCAUCUUCCCACCCCGCCAACCCCCACCACGCAUCAAGCUCCCCCCGUCCCCGUCUCCGCACUCCCUCAAACGCUCCUCCCAACGCCCUUGUCGAGGGGCAUCCAGCUCGGCGCAUUCGCUUUCGCUACCGGUACGUCAAGACAUUGGCGUGGGGUUGCGCUAUGGAAGGUUUCAAGUUCGAGUACUGAUGGUUUAGUUCUUGGAUGUUGGGUUGUGAUAGGUAUCACCUUUUACGCGGUGCUGAUCUAUGAUUUCGGCGAGAAGGAGCAUUGCUUCAUGCCCGUAAGCCCUCUACAUCCCACCCACCCCGCCUCCACCACUUAUCCCUUCUUCCCCCCACCAGAUCCGCCGAUGGUUCGACGCCCAAACCUCGGGUCUCUUCACGCUCAGCGAUCGAGAAAGAGCGGCAUUCGAUCCGAGGGUUAGGACCACACCGCUUCCUGGAGCGGUCGAACGGGACAAUAUGGUCAAAACUGAUCGAAGGACACCGAUCGAGUACUUUAAGGAGAGGGAGAACGAGCGUUGA